CAGAAACCCAGGACCUGUCACAUCACUGGCUUCCUGCCGGCGCUUUAAGGUGGAUGAUUCUGAUGUCAUUUGCUACAUUGAGUUUAAAAGCAGCGCAAUGGGUUCAGAGGCGGGAGAGCGAUCCCGCUGAUUUCCAGGAGAAGCUCCCAGCUCCAGCCCCCGGGUUAGGGAUGGGCACCAACAUUCUCAGCUGCGUCGCCGUAUACUUCGCCGUCUCCCUCGGGGCUUCACUGGUCAGAUCAACUCCUCUGGUGAGGACGGAUUCAGGCGCUCAGCUGGAACGGGACUGGGGUCAGCAGAUCCGAUUUAAGCACCUGUACAUGGAAGGCAACAGCAGGCACUUACAGAUCAACCCUGAUGGACAUAUUGACAGCUCCAACUCCCAGAACUUUUACACUCUGUUGGAGAUCAAAGCAGUGGAACCAGGACACGUGGUGAUCCGAGGAGUGAGGACGGGACGGUACCUCUGCAUGGAUACCGAAGGCAGCAUUUUCGGAUCAAUGACCUACCGUGAGGAUGAUUGCAAUUUCAAAGAGGAACAGUUACAAACAUUUUACAAUGUGUACCACUCCCCAAGACACAAGAUGGUGUUGAGUCUGAGCCUAGACAAGCGCCCGUUCAUCCCUAACAGAGAACUGCCUCCGCUCUCAAUGUUUUUGCCGCGAGAAAAUGAGUUGCCAACCACGAUGCACAGCCGGAGGAACCCCGAGCGAGAGACCAAUGACACAGACCCCUUCGAGAUGAGAACAGGACAACUAGCGAGUCCCAAACUCUCCAGAAUUGGCCGAGGGUAAUGCUGCAGGCCCAUGUUAUACCGACUUUGAGAAUCCAAUGGCUAUGAUUAACAACAUUGGCCCAAAAGUACUCUCACCAGGACCCGAUUUGACCUCUGUAUCAUAACUGUGUAAUCCCAACAAAGGGAAUUAGAGCAGAUAAAACCAGUUGAUGAUCCACUGACGGGACUAGUCACACAAUGAUGAUGUAAGGGUCACUCAGCUCAUUCACCCGAAAUGACUCUGACAUUUUGUAUUGCAGUGGUUAGCCGAUUUUCCAAAGGCAUUUCACUUCCAUUAUUCUUCCUUGGUGUCUAUUCCAUACUCUUCACUUCUAACGUGAAGAAAAUGACCCUGAUAUCAGUUCUGAAUUUGCCUUUUGCUGGUUGAACUAGCGUCCCCUGUACUUAACCCUGGCUACUUCAUUUUAAAUGACAUUUGGGAUAUAUCUUCAAUUCCUUUACUAUCGACGACUCCUUUUUGUGAUAGAUGCUUUCUGCAGUCUUAUCUCAUAUCUCUAACCUAGUAUUUCAAUGACCACCUUUUCUAUUGCUGCACCUUUUGCAUUUUUCAAAACUCAGUGCAGAAUGCAACACAGAAGAUACAGUCAUACCAAAGCAUGGGACAAUCUAACCAAUACAUUCUCUGACUUGCAUCCUACUGUUUUUGCAUUCUGCCAUUUUUUUCUAAUGGUUUCUGUAUUGGGUGGGCAUACUGAACAUCUAGUGCUGUCCACGAAGACCCCUAGCCAUUUUUGGCUUUAUUUCAACACCAUUCAUGGAUUAUGCAUUUCAUCUAUUUUUGUCUGCCAUACCCUAAAUGCACUACUUUCCAUUUCUCCUCUUUAAAGCUCAUUUGGCUUUACAUUGCUCACUUGUAUACUUAUUUCAACUCAUUCCAACCCUACAAUUUGGUAUUAUCCUCACAUUUCGCUGUCAUGCCUGAAUCCAGGCCAUUAAUAUAAAUUCGAAAUAAUAACGCUCCCAACUGUGAAGCUUGGGGUUUAGUACUUCAUACACCCUGACAUUACUCCUUUAACCAUUACUGGUUGCCUUGUUACUCUUAACCAGUUCCUUUUCCACUUCCAAAAUUUACCUUAAAAUUUGAAUUUAACUAGUCAUCUUUUGUGCAGUGGUUUUGGCAAACUCCAUUCUGGAGUUUACGUUGACCAUAUUUAGGGUCUACUACAGUCCACUUGAAUUGUUAUUACCUUAAAGAGUUUGAAGAGACUGAUGAAGCCAGAGCUUUCUCUUCGAAGUCCAGACUUAAUGAAUAGCCCCUUUCUGUGUUGUAAACUCCAUGAAUGAUACUUCCCAGUGCUUAUUUCCUUGGAAAGGAAAUCACACACAUAAAAUUUAUAUAUAUAAAGAGCAGAAGGCAAUGUAAAUGCUUUCUAUUUCACUUAUAUAAAAGACUUGAAUCACUCCCUCGCCAUAUAUAUGAAAUUAACCUUGUCUGUGAAAUUGUACGGUCUGUUCUGAGUUAUCUAUUUAUUUAAAUUAUUGCUCUCAAUAUUUAUAUUUAUAUAUAUAUGCCAAUACAUUUUAUAAAUAUGUUUUUUAAUGGCAAUUUGUACAACUUAGAUAAUAUAACAGAAGU